AUGUCUUGGCUGUCGCCCAUGUCAUGGGCCAAGUGGACGUGGACAGCAGUCCGGGGAGCAGAGGAGGUGGAGGGCCAGGAGGUGAAGGAGGAGAAUGGACUGCUGCCCUGCGGAGGGCAGCGAGAGGAGGAGGAAGAGAGAUUUCAAGGCUGCAGUUCAGACUCAGAGGGCCACUUUGAAACCCCAGAGGCUCAGAGCCCUGUCCACGCUCCACUCCAAUUCCCAGAAGAGCUCGAGACCUUCACCACUGACAGAGCAGAUGCUCUGGGGGAGGAAGAUGAACAGCUGAUAGUGUCUGGCCCAGCCAGGGAUCCAGCUCCUAGCCUCCUCUUUAACCAGAACAUGGGUCAGGCCAAGCCCCCCUUGGCCCCUGAGGAGGAGGCCCCUAAGGAGGGGCCACAAACACUGCCCAACACCACAGACACUGCAGAGGUUCAACCCCCAAUAGCAGGCCCAUCAGCCCAGACCAAUGGAGCAGCAAAGGCCACUGCUUCUCUAGACUUAGGUCUACCUGAGGAGGAUAGACCACUGGCUACUUCUCUAGACUUAGGCCUAACUGAGGAGGAUAGACCACUGGCUACUUCUGUAGACUUAGGCCUAACUGAGGAGGAUAGACCACUGGCUACUUCUCUAGACUUAGGCCUACCUGAAGAGGAGAGGCCACUUGCUACCUCUCUAGACUUAGGCCUAACUAAGGAGGCUAGCAGUACAGAGACGCUUUGUAAUGGACACCCCAUAGAGACCAUCCCUGAACCUCAGGCCAAACACACUAAAACCAUACCCCCUUCCCUGAAGAUAAAGGGAGCCUUUUCCAGGGCUAGUGCACAGAGGGACGGGGACAGUGAUAUCACCCUAGUCCCUAAGGCUAGCUACAACUUCAACCUGGACCAAUUCGACAACAGCUUCAAUCCGUUGGCCAGCGGCGGCUACAAAAUUCAGAACUCCCCGGCAGCUUUUGCAGCCGAUGCCCUGCCCACAAUGGAGUCGCUACCUGUACCUAGCUCCCUGCCCACACUGGGGUCGUUACCUGUAUGCAGCUCUUCUCCACCGCUUUGUGGGACUAGUUCCUCACCUAAAAUGGACGUUGAGGAGGUCAAAGAUUCAGCAUCGGAGGCAUCAGAGGAGCCCAAGCCUGUGAAGAUGGAGUUUGGGUUAGACGAGGCAGUCGAGGUAAAAAAAACACCGCCCAGGAGGAUGGGUAAAAAGCCCAGCAGCAAGCUCGCCGUCAAGAAACCAAGGGCAAAAGCAACGACAACAGUACCUGCCCUAACGCCGGCACCCGAACCAGUAAUAGCUGAACCGGUAGUAGAGACGGUUUCAGAAACGACUUCCGAACCGCUUUCCAUGCCAGGUGCCUCCUUAAGUUUGGACGACGUUCCUAUUCCCAAGUCCACUUAUAACUUUGACCCCAACCAGUGGGAUGACCCUAAUUUGAACCCGUUUGGGGGUGGUGGUGUCAAAAUAAGUAGUUCCCCGGUUUUGCCCAAAGGAUCCUACAGCUUUGAUCCUCACAACUUUGACAACUAUGUGGACCCUUUUAAGCCAUCUACAGCCCUGGGCAGCGAGAACUCAACCUCCCAGGAUACCCCACUUCCUCCGCCAGCAGAGGAAGCAGUGAAACCAAAGCUGGAGCAGCCCCUGGAUGAGGGGAAGAGAAUGUGUCAGACUCCAAAGAAAAGCAAGGACAGGAUCAUCACGAAUUCGUGUAAGGUGAAGAAGUAUGAAAACCAGUCCCUGGUCCUGAAUGUCUGCAAUCAGGAAGAGGAUGUGGUGGUGUCACAGGUCCAAGAAAUGCCCCGCCGCAUUCGCCAUGCCACCGAUGAGGAAAAGCUGGCUUGCAGUGAAAUCAUGGACCAGAAAGCCAAUGAGGAGGCCGGGAUGGAGGUGGAGGAGGAAGAAGACUCAGUGUGUGCCAAAGGCCCAGCUAAAGGCCCAACCAAAGGCCCAGCUAAAGGCCCAACCAAAGGCCCAGCUAAAGGCCCAACCAAAGGCCUGGCCAUCACAGACAAUGUCAAAAGCCAGGCAAUGCUGGAUGGGCCACAGGCGAAGAUAACACACUAUAUGAAGGAAAAUGAGAUUUUCAUUUCAAGUGAAGAGCUGUCAAUCACCCCAAGGCCAAAGUUGAUUGGCUGCAAGGGACAGGAUGACAAAGGUAGUCCCUCCUCCAUGGAUACCAUAUCGCUAAAUGAGAUGGACAAAGCAGCGGUGCUCACCUUGAUCAGAGAGGAGAUAAUCACUAAAGAGAUAGAGGCCAACGAGUGGAAGAGAAAGUAUGAAGACAGUCAUAUGGAGGUGUUAGAGAUGAGGAAAAUAGUGGUGGAGUACGAGAAAACAGUUGCACAGAUGAUUGAGGAUGAGCAGCACAAGAGGAGUGUCCUGGGCUCCCAGAAGAGUGUCCGGCAGGUGACUCUGGAGCGGGACCAGGCCCUGGCCGACCUCAACUCUGUGGAGCGCUCACUCUCGGACCUCUUUAGACGUUACGAGAACAUGAAGACCAUCCUGGAAGGAUUUAAGAAGAAUGAAGAGGUGCUGAAGAAGUGUGCCCAAGAGUAUCUGGUCCGCGUCAGACAGGAGGAGCAGAGAUACCACACACUCAAGAUCCACGCUGAGGAAAAACUAGACAAGGCUAAUGAAGACAUAGCCCAGGUGCGCUCCAAGGCCGACUCAGAGAGUGUGGCUCUUCAUGCCAGCCUGAGGAAAGAGCAGAUGAAGGUGGACUCCUUGGAGAGAGCCCUCCACCAGAAGAAUCAAGAAAUCGAGGAGCUCACAAAGAUCUGUGACGAACUAAUAGCAAAGCUCGGGACAUCAGACUGA